AUGGCUUUCUCCUAUCGCGUGAUAUCUCCGAGCUUCAUAGAUGUGGAAUUAGCUGGACCAGCAACAGGCACAAAUAGAUUCGUUGCCGUUACCUUCGCUAACAACGGCCAAACGCCGUCGCUUGAGUGCUUGGCUGUCAAUGGACAACCACCGGUUCUUCGCGUUCCGGAUAUAGACGACAAUCUGCAAAAACUGCAAAAUCCCGGAUUUUUAGCGUUUCGACAACAGUACCUCAGUGACGUGAGAACAAUGCUGCAAAACGACACAACUAGUUACUGCCAGUGCCGCGAGCUGCUGCUACCGCUCAAAAUAGUCCAGAGGUGA